AUGACAGGAGAGGAUGGCAAUGGAAACCUAACACCAGAAGCCAUGAUAGCUUUCAUGAGCAUCGCCUUACUAAUUGCCCUGUUCCUGCUCAACUCAGAUCGCAUUCAGAAAGCCAUUGAGAUAUGCAGCGAAUGUUUGAUUCUGGCAAAUAACACCGAUCGAAACAGCAAAGACCAAUUUAAUUCACAACUGCAACAAUUUUACAGCGCCAUCUAUGAAGUUCUUUUCAGCGCUUAUCGUAGUAUCUCUGACUACAUAAGUGUGGAAAGAUACGGCAGGAAACUUCUUGUCUUAUGCAGCGAGUCUGGUGACUUAGUAAAAGAAGGAAAUGUAAGCAUAGCUCUAGCAGAGAUUUUUGAGAGUCAAAACAGGUUUACAGAUGCCAAACAACUUUAUGAAAAAGCAGUUGAUAUAAAGAGACAAACUGGUGAAAAAACUGACGAAGCAAGCGCCUGCGAAAGAUGCGGAGAUAUGUUUUAUAAACUUAACGAAAACCAAAGAGCGAAGGAGUAUUUUGAGAGAGCCCUUGCCAUAAGAACCGAAAUUGGCGACAAAACAGGAGAAGCAUCAUGUUAUGGAAACCUUGGUUCUGUGUUUCGGUCGCUCGGGCAAUACGACAAGGCUAAAGAGUAUCUCCAAAAAGCGCUUGUCAUCGCAACUGAAAUGGGUGACAGAGAAGGAGAGGCAUCAUGUUAUGGAAACCUUGGUUCUGUGUUUCAGAUUCUCGGGCAAAAUGACAAGGCUAAAGAGUAUCUCCAAAAAGCGCUUGUCAUCACAACUGAAAUUGGCGACAGACAAGGAGAGGCAUCAUGUUAUGGAAGCCUAGGUACUGUGUUUCAGUCGCGCGGGCAAUACGACAAGGCUAAAGAGUAUCUCCAAAAAGCGCUUGUCAUCAUAACUGAAAUUGGCGACAGAGUAGGAGAGGCAUCAUGUUAUAGAAUCCUUGGUUUUGUGUUUCGAUCGCUCGGGAAAUACGACAAGGCUAAAGAGUAUCUCCAAAAAGCGCUUGUCAUCGCAACUGAAAUGGGCGACAGAGUAGGAGAGGCAUCAUGUUAUAGAAUCCUAGGUUCUGUGUUUCGGUCGCUCGGGCAAUACCACAAGGCUAAAGAGUAUCUCCAAAAAGCGCUUGUCAUCGCAACUGAAAUGGGCGACAAAGUAGGAGAGGCAUCAUGUUAUGGAAACCUAGGUACUGUGUUUCAGUCGCUCGGGCACUACGACAAGGCUAAAGAGUAUUAUAAAAAAGCGUUUGUCAUCAAAUCUGAAAUUGGCGACAGACAAGGAGAGGCAUCAUGUUAUGGAAACCAAGGUACUGUGUUUCAGGCGCUCGGGCAAUACGACAAGGCUAAAGAGUAUCUCCAAAAAGCGCUUGUCAUUACAACUGAAAUUGGCGACAGAAAAGGGGAGGCAUCAUGUUAUGGAAACCUAGGUACUGUCUUUCAGUCACUCGGGCAAUACAACAAGGCUAUAGAGUAUCACCAAAAAGCGGUUGUUAUCAGAAUUGAAAUUGGCGACAUUGAAGGAGAGGCAGCUGACUACGGAAACCUGGGUACUGUGUUUCAAUCGCUCGGGCAAUACAACAAGGCCAUAGGGUAUCUUCAAAAAGCACUUGUCGUCACAACUGAAAUUGGCGACAGAGAAGGAGAGGCAUCAUGUUAUGGAAACCUAGGUUCUGUGUUUCAGUCGCUCGGGCAAUACGACAAGGCCAAAGAGUAUCUCCAAAAAGCGGUUGUUAUCAGAAGUGAAAUUGGCGACAUUAAAGGAGAGGCAGUUGACUACGGAAACCUGGGUAUUGUGUUUCAGUCGUGCGGGCAAUACGACAAGGCUACAGAGUAUCUCCAAAAAGCGCUCGUCAUCACAACUGAAAUUGGCAACAAAAAAGGAGAGGCAUCAUGUUAUGGAAACCAAGGUACUGUGUUUCAGGCGCUCGGGCAAUACGACAAGGCUAAAGAGUAUCUCCAAAAAGCGCUUGUCAUUACAACUGAAAUUGGCGACAGAAAAGGGGAGGCAUCAUGUUAUGGAAACCUAGGUACUGUCUUUCAGUCACUCGGGCAAUACGACAAGGCUAAAGAACAUUUCCAUAAAGCCCUUGUCAUCAGAACUGAAAUUGGCGACAGAGAAGGAGAAGCAUUGUGUUAUGUAAACCUAGGGACUGUGUUUCAGUUUCUCGGGCAAAACGACAAGGCUAUAGAGUAUCAUAAAAAAGCGUUCGUCAUCACAACUGAAAUUGGCGACAGAAAAGGAGAGGCAUUAUGUUAUGGAAACCUAGGAGCUGUCUUUCAGGUGCUCGGGCAGUACGACAAGGCUAUAGAGUAUCUCCAAAAAGCGCUUGUCAUCACAACUGAAAUUGGCGACAGAAAAGGAGAGGCAUUUUGUUAUGGAAAUCUAGGUACUGUGUUUCAGUCGCUCGGGCAAUAUGACAAGGCUAGAGAGUAUCACCAAAAAGCAGUUGUUAUCAGAAUUGAAAUUGGCGACAUUAAGGGAGAGGCAGCUGACUACGGAAACCUAGGUACAGUGUUUCAGUUGCUCGGGAAAUACGAGAAGGCUAAAGAGUAUCUCCAAAAAAAAGCUUUAUCCAUAUCCAGAGAUAUUGGAGAUAGAAGAAUGGUGUUCAAAAUCCUUCAAGAAUACGCCGUUUUGUAUUUAUUACAAGAGAAAACCACUGACUCCCUUUCCUUUCUUCAACAGUGCAUUGAAAAGUACGAGGAGCUGAGAUAUUUCUUGGGCGCCAAUGAUCAGUUCAAAACAUCAUUUCUGGAGGACUCAGGAAUAUUUCCCUACAAGCUGCUUUGUACUCUGCUUUGUUACACUGGAAAAAUUCGUGAUGCUCUUUAUGUUGAGGAGUUGAGUCGAGCUAGAGGCCUAUCAGACUUGAUGGCAGAGAAGUACUCCGUUGAAAUGAACACCUCUGCUAAUCCACAAUCUUGGUUUGGCAUUGAAAACAUUUUUAGAAAGAGAAAUAACUGUACUUGUCUGUACAUUUCUUAUUUUCAGAAUCAUCUGCAUUUGUGGGUCUUGAAAACAAGUGGAGUCCUUCACCAUAGAAGAAUAUCACUAGAAGAGAAUCUAGUUCAGGCUGGGUUGCCCAAAGAUUUGCCUUUGAGUAAAUUUUUGGCUAAUAAUUUCCGGAGUCUUGGUAUUUUGCCCAUUGAAGAUUGUGAAGAUCGGUCUUUAAAUAUGGUUGAAUUGCAACCUCUCUCUCCUCAACAAAAGAGGUCAGAAAGAUUGCGACUCUUGGAAGAGGACGAGAGAGUCAUUUCAAGUCUACCUUUGUGUUACAAAAUGUUUAUUGCCCCCGUUUACGAUUUGCUCGAGGAGCCUGAAGUUAUUAUUGUUCCUGACCGCAGUUUGUACAAAGUUCCCUUUGCUGCCCUAAGAGAAAAGGACGGAACCAAAUACCUGUCGGAGACUCAUAGGAUUCGUGUCAUUCCUUCUUUGACGACACUCAAGAUGAUUCAAGAUAGCCCAGAGGACUAUCACAGCAACACUGGUGCCUUGAUAAUAGGCAAUCCCGAGGUUGAUCGGCUGCCAUCAUUGCCAGGUGCAAGAAAAGAAGCGGAGAUGGUCGGACGAUUAGUGAGUGUUCCGCCUCUGCUAGAAAAGGAAGCAACGAAGCAGGCGGUGCUUGAGCGGAUAAGUUCAGUGAGCCUGAUACAUAUUGCUGCCCAUGGUAACGCCGAGAGGGGAGAAAUUGCCCUCUCCCCCAUUCCUACUCCCAACAAUCGAAACGCUGUCCCUCCACAGGAAGCUUACAUGUUGACGAUGGCUGAUGUCUCACGAGUAAAAGUCAGAGCUAAACUGGUGGUACUUAGCUGCUGUCACAGUGGAAGUGGAGAGAUUAGAGCCGAGGGAGUCAUAGGAAUUGCCCGUGCGUUCUUAGCAUCUGGUGCCCGCUCGGUGUUGGUUGCGCUGUGGGCUAUUUCAGACUCAGCAACAGAGAAGCUAAUGAGUCGGUUUUACGAACACCUUGUUAAAGGAAAAAGUGCCAGUGAAUCCCUUCAUCAGGCCAUGAAGUGGAUGAGAAAAAACGGCUUGACCAAAGUGUCUGAGUGGGCUUCGUUUACGCUGAUUGGAGAUGAUGUGAGACUCAAGUUUGACAUGCAGAGGAAAGAAGACCCCGACGGAUGAAUGAUGAGAAUACCUUGAAGGAAACAGACCUCAGAGACUUUUAAAUGGA